UGUGUUCAAUGUAUACAAAAGUUAAAUGAUAGAAGUGUGAUUGAGCUCCGUUGCCUCGCAUUGCUUAUUUUUGUUUUCAAGCAUUUGACCAUGUCGGCAGCAAAUAAAGGAGUUAGUGCCGAACUGAAUAAGAAAAUCCAAGAGUACAUUGAAUAUGCUGAUGGUUUGAGUACAAGCAAUGACAUUAAAAGUUUAGUAACAUUGGAGAAGUAUGAUGUUCUUGAAAAGAUCUUGAUGAAGCGCCUGACUUUUGGCACUGCAGGACUGCGGGGCCAAAUGGGACCAGGAUAUGCUGCUAUGAAUGAUUUGGUUAUAAUACAGACAUCUCAAGGUCUUGCAGCCUAUCUUGAAGGAAUAGUCAAUUCUGAUGAAAAAAACAGAGGAGUUGUUAUAGGUUUUGAUAAUCGACAUAAUAGUCACCGGUUUGCUCAGUUGGCUGCCGUGUCUUUUCUUUUAAAAGGCUUCAAAGUAUAUAUUUUUUCUGCUAUAACACCUACACCAUUUGUUCCCUUUGCUGUUAAGAAACUUAAUUGCCUGGUUGGGGUAAUGGUUACUGCUUCUCAUAAUCCAAAGGAUGAUAAUGGUUACAAAGUUUAUUGGUCAAAUGGUGCUCAGAUUUUAUCUCCACAUGAUAAGAAUAUUCAAGAAUCUAUCUUGAAAAAUUUGAAGCCUUGGGAAAAUGCUUUAGAUACUUCUUUAGUUGCUAUAUCUCCUCGUGCAUAUGACCCUUUGUCAGAUAUUGAACAAAUGUAUUAUAAUAGUCUGAAAAUGUACUGUUGCCUGGAUAGAAUCUCACCCUCGGGAUUUUCAUCACUGAAGAUUACUUUCACUGCAAUGCAUGGAGUGUCUCAUUCAUAUAUGAAGAAAGCUUUUCAGAAGUUGAAUUUUGAGAAUUAUGUGCCGGUAAAAGAACAGAUGUAUCCUGAUCCCGAUUUUCCCACGGUUAAAUUCCCUAAUCCAGAAGAAAAAAACUGCUUAGAUCUUUCAAUUGCUACUGCUAAUGCAGUUGGUAGCCGUUUAAUUUUAGCUAAUGAUCCCGAUGCAGAUCGUCUAGCUGUAGCUGAGAAACUUUCUAAUGGAAAAUGGCACGUUUAUACGGGAAAUGAAGUUGGGGCUCUAUUGGGUUCUUGGCUCUGGAAAAUUCUUGAUGCUGAUGCAAAAAAAAAUCCUGCUAAUUGCUGUAUGGUGUCAAGCGCUGUAUCUUCCAAAAUUCUUAGAAGCAUAUCAGAAGUGGAAGGAUUUACAUUUUAUGAAACAUUAACUGGUUUCAAAUGGAUGGCAAAUAAAGCUUUUGAUUGCAUGAAUCAAGGAAUGACAUUUGUAUUCGCUUUUGAAGAAGCUAUUGGUUACAUGUGUGGCUAUGAAGUUUUGGAUAAGGAUGGAAUUCGUGCAGCAAUGCAAAUGACACAGAUGGCAGCUCACGCUUAUUCAGAAAACAAAUUAUUGUUUGAUUUCCUGAGGGAAUCGUAUCUAAAAUAUGGAUAUCAUGUUAGCUGCAACUCAUAUUUCAUCAGCCAUGAUCCAGAAGCGAUUGCAUCGAUGUUUAAUAGAUUAAGAAAUUUCAAUGGUAUUAAAAAUGAGUAUCCCAAAUUUCUUGAAGGUGAUUCUCCAUUUCCAGUUGUUGGUGUUAGAGAUCUUACAACAGGUUUUGAUAGUCUCCAGGCAGAUCAAAAAGCUAUUUUGCCUAGUAGUUCAAGCACACAAAUGAUUACUUUUUACUUUGAAAACGGUUGUGAAGCUACCAUUCGAACAAGUGGAACCGAACCAAAAGUGAAAUAUUAUACUGAAAUGAUCGCUAAAGUACCUGAAGAGGAAUGGGAAAAUGUCAAGACCUUAUUGCACAAAAUGGUUUCUCUCAUAAUAACACAAUGGAUAGAGCCUGAAAUAAAUGGCUUUCUACCUCGUCCAUCAUAAGAAGUCUGAUAGUGAGAAAAAGUGUUACAGAUUGUUUCAAUAUUUUUUUCACCUUUUUUUCAUCAUAAUUAAAAUUUAUGUGCUUCAUGUAUAAUGCAUCGACAGAAUGGUUGCACAGCAAUUAUGUUUUUAUUUGUUUUUAAUAGCAAAUUUAAAAUGAAGAAUAUGUUAGAAUUCCUUAUCUUAUUCAUUAGCAUUGUUAGUUAUAAAGUUCAUUUUUUCCCCCUUCACUGGUUGUAUUUUUAAAAAAUGCUUCUUUAUUGCAGAAUUGUUUUUAGAUAUUUAUGAAUGUGUGGAUUGUUUAGAAAGCAUUAAUAUUUUUUCAUAUUUCUUUAAUAUAAUGGGCUCAGUAAAUAGCUAUUUUUAGAAGCUUCUUCAUUUCAAAUGUUAUUUUCAUUCUUAGAAGAUUCUCUGAGAUUUGCAAAUAAGAAUCAUCUUCGUUUUCAUUCCAAAAACUUGUUUUUUUAUCCAUUUUAAAUUUCUUUACUUGUGGAUGCUGUAAAUUAUUGUGGGAUAAUAUAUAUGAGAUUGUUAAUUAUGUAUUUUUCUUUUCAUUCUCACAUUCAUUAAUAUUAAAUUGAAGAAGAAACUUUUCGAUUGUAUCGUUUCUCAUGUAUAUCAUUCAUCUGCAAGUAACUUAAGAAUUUUUUUCCCCUUUUGUUUUUCAAUAUAAUUCAUUUUCAUAUAAUGUAAAAAAGUUAUAUAAAUUGUUUUCUUCGUGAAUAUUUUAAUAUUGUUGGAUUUUGCAAUAAAUAUUAUAUGUAGUUUUAAUAAUAUUCUGUUCUACAUUAAAAUGAAAUUUAUUUAAAAGAGCUAUGAAAUAUUCCUGUUUUGUAUGUAGGCUCAAUAAACUUUCUGCAAGCAGUUAUUAGUUCAGUUGCCUUUCUAAACUUGUGUAGGACCAUUAAUGUAAUAUAUAUUUGUAUAUUUACAAAAGGCUAUUUCGAAAAUUAUUAUUGCAGAUUUAAGUUUAGCAAACUUUUGCAAGAAUCCAAUAUGAUUUUUUUCAUAAUUUUUCAUGAUAUGAAUUUUAUUUUAUGUCAUUAUCUUCGUAAUGUUUCUUACAUUACGAGUUUUUAGGAAGUAUUAAUUUGAAUGUUGUUUCUUAGAUGUUUUUUAUAAUUUCUUCCACUCCUUUCAGUAUAUUGUGUCAUUUCCUUCUAGAAUUGGUUAUUUCCGUCAUUUGUUAAAAGGCCAUUGUAUUUCUGUUUAAAAGUGGUAUCUUUUAGGAAAUCUAUAUACAGUAAAUACCUUAUUAUAAAAGUUUGUAUAAUUAUAAUGUGGUUUUAAGGAUGCAAGAUUGAAGAAAUUUAUUUGAAAAAGGAGAUAAUUUAUGAGAACGAUUUCUUUUUCCAUUAAUACAUUAAAGAUUGAUAUUGGUUGGUAUUCAUUUCCAAACUUACAGUUUAUGAAAUAUAGAUUUUAAAAGGUUCUCAGGCAUACUAAUGCAGUUUUUCAUCCUCUAUAUUGAACUGUAAUGAAUCAAAGUAGUGAGAUUAGUUGAACUAUUAUUUGGGAAAAUUUUACAUCAUGGUGCUGUAGCUUUUACAACAUUUAUUUAGAAAAUUUAUACUCAAAUGUCUGGAUUUAAAUGCGAAUAAAAGAAUUUUGCGUUUGUGAAAUGGGUAGUUUAUAAAUGUCUUUUGACAACUACUUCAAUUUUUUAAUUUUCUUUUCUACAAUUCGGACAGAUUUCAAACCCAACAUAUUUCAAGUAUCUUUAAUCGGUUUAUUGUGUUUAAUCAUGUUUCCUACGAUCACAAUUACCAGCAAUAUAUUUAGUGCGAAUGAAAGAUUUCAUACUCGAAUCGAGCUCGAAUCUUGAAUUUUAUUCCCCUAAAAUGAACUUUUACUGUAAUGCUGUAAAGUUUAUAACUAUUGAAUUUUCGUCUGGAUAAUAAUUAUACAAUAUCUGCUUGGUUUGCAGAAUUGUUAAAAUCUUGUAAUGAUAUGUAUAUUAUUCUCUAUAUUAUAUAUUGACAUACCCGCCAACAUCGGUUACUCGUUCAUCAUUAGUACUUCUUUACCGAUAUGUUACAAAUAAUUUAAUAUUAACUAAUUAUUGGAGAAUAGGUAUUCCUAAAGAAUUUUAAUUAGUUUAAAACAAAUACUUUCAAACAUUGUUCAAAAUUAUUUAAUAGACAUGUAUUAUUGACUAAAUAUAUAAGUGAAAUAAUUUUUUUAAAAAAAUCAGACAACACGAUUAAAUAAAUUAGCACUAUAUGUUACACAUUUACAAUUUUGUUUCAUUAAAUAUCAAGCUCUUUUGCUUUUCUUAAGUUAUCAUUGUUCAGUUUAAUAUCAUAAUAAAUUCCCAUAUUGAUUUUUGUAAUGAGGAUUCAUAUUCAUUCAUUUUCAUAUUCAUGCUAGAACAAGAUUCCAGGUGUGCGUGUGUGUUUUCGGUUUUCUAAACAUGUUUAAAUUACCAACGCUGCUAUGAUCAAAGAUUCAAGAAGAAGGUAUUUUCGGUGUUUUUUAUAAUUAUCUGUAGUUUUUCCUAUAUAUAUCCAUAACUCCAUAGUUUUCACCUAAUUAAAUAUUGGAGGGUAUGUAUUUAUAUUGUUUUAUUUCAUUUUUUAAAAAUUAUUAUAUAAAAUUUAAAUCAGUUAGAGAACUAUUACUGUUUAUGUUUGCAUGGAUAUACAAUUUAUCUAAUUUUUGAAAACUUAGCAUAUUUUUAUUAGUAAAUACAUUUGUGCAAAUAUAUUUUGGUACUUAGUGAGAAAAACUAUGGAAAAAUUAAAGCAUAUAUAUAUUAAUGAAAUGCCAUAAAAUUAUUUUAAGAAAAUAAUUGAAUAGCAUGCAUGUGACAACAUGUAGUUCUAGGUUUAAUCUCUUUAAAUUUUUUAUGUAUGUUAUUGUAUCAUGACCAAAGCUCAUAAAAUAAAAUUGUUUGUCGUUAUUUAAGUGUUGAACACUUAUUAUGGGUUUAAACACUUUUAUAUUUAAUAGUAUUUAUUGACCUAGUCAUUGACCUAAGAUUUUUUGGUAUGUUUCUCUUUUGCUAGUCACUUAUUCCAUGUCAUUAGAAAAAUUUGUCACUUCUUGGAGACAUUGAACAGAAUUGUAAUUCGGGUUUUUUCUAGAUCUUAUUUUUUAAUAUCAUGUCUAAAUUCUGAGAAUGUUCUAAAGCGGAAUGAUUUUUUUUACUAAUGCGUAGUUUCAUCCCAUAUAUUAAUCACUGAGUAAAAAUGAUUAUUAUUCUUACUUUGAUGUCUGGGUUGUUUGAUGAUAUAAAUCAUAUCUUUGUGCAAAUUUAAUCUCUUAAAUUACUUGUUCUAAGUUGUCUUUUGAACUUUAUUGUGAAUUUAUUUCUUUUAUGUUUGUAAAAUUAUGUUAUUCUCUUAAAAUAUUAAUGCCUCGUCUCUGUAUUAUGCAUGUACUAAUAAAACGUUACCUUUCUUGUGCAAGAUUUUACAUUAGUUUCCUUGUUGUAUUUAUUGUAUAUGAUGUUUAUAAUAUUCCUUUCUUCCGUGUAAUAAAAUUCAUUUGCAGUUUUACAUUGAACUUAAGCUAUGCAAUUAAAGGAGCUUGUAUACCAUAGAACUUUUUCGAUUGUUAUUUUAUGUGAAAAGUAAGUUUCAUCUCAGUGAAAGAAAACAUUGGUGAUAUAUAUUAAUUGCAGUGAGAAGUGAAUUUUUCCAUUGCUAGAUAUUUUGAUUGAUGGCAUCACCUACUAUACAUGUAAUCAUUUUUAAUUUACAGUUGUGUAAAUUUAUUGCAAUAAGCUUUUAAUGUAUGUUCUCAUUUGUGUGGAAUGUUAUCUGUAAUGUCCAGCUGUUUGAUUAAUAGUGUAACAGAUGUGAAUUUGCGUGAUUUAAUGUUGAGUGUGGCGAAAACUCAUGAUUAAUAUAUAGCCUUAUUUUGGCGAUUUCAUUUUUUAACCAUGCACGUAAAUAUCUAUUUCAGCAAUAUGAAAAUAUAAGCAAUACUUAUACCUACUGUUGUGAAUUUGUUCUGUUAUUAAAUAUUGAAAUACACAUAAGUAAUAAAUAGUGUGUGAUUUCAUCAUUAGGAAAUAUUUAAUAUCAGUAUUAAAAGUGUAAAUAAAAAGUUUCUAUGAAAAUAAAUUUUGUAUUAAUGUAAAAAGAAAAAAAAAUUCAAAUUGUAAUGAGUAGAAUUUUGUAGUGUGCCACAAAAUUUUAUUACAGAUAGUUAAUAUUCAUUACAAAAUUGUGCUUUUGGUUGGAACCUCGAUGGUACUUAGCUCAUCGUUUAUCUAUUGCUUUCUUCACAAAUUUCUAGAAUUAAAAAGUUUUAUAUGCUUUUGAAUUUUAUUUUUAUUGGAUUUAUUAAAUAUGAAUUAUUUUUAUGUAUAAGGUUAUAUAUAUUUUGACACAAGUGUAAAGUAAUAUUUUUUAUCUCAAGUUCACUUCUUGCUGGUUUUUUCUUUAUAUUGAAUAUUAUCUACUAUUGGAAUAGAAUAUUUACAAAUGUGAUGUUAAAAAAAUAUUCAACUCAUAGUUAAUAUUAAGAUGUUCUAAAUGUUUUUGAAAAAAAUGUUAAAUCAUUAAGUAUUAAAGUUUAUUCAUUAGGAAUCUAAAUCAACUCUAGUUUUAUUCUAAAUUCAUAGAUUUUAAACGAAUAAAAAUUAAUCAUUUCAUUAUUAUUAUAACUUUCAUUAACCUUAAUUUUCUAAUUCCUUUAUUCAAUCAUUGAGUAACCAACUUUCAAGAAAUGCACUUGAGGUAAAAUUAUGAUUUUUAUCUAGUAUCUGAAACUUGUUGCUCUAAGUUCUCUGUUUUGAAAGCAGGGGUUUUUUUCUGUUGAAUUUUCAAUGGAAAUUUGUAUUUUUAUUCAACUUGUUGAUUUUCUUAACGUUUUGAAAUAGAUUUAGUUAUAACUUACUUUCACCUAGUGCUUACUAUCUUUUAGUUAUUUGAAAUCCCUGUAUGCUUUUCCUAGAAAAGGCUCGACUUGGAAAAAAAUUGUCAUGUUAUUAUUCUUGCUGCUGGGUUUCCCCCCCCCCCUCCCUCCCAAUAUUUGAAUUUUUGUAAUGUGUUUCUCUUGCCUGAGAAACCAGUGUUGCCUUUUAAGCUUGUUAAUUCAUUGUAGUUAACUUUAUAUAAUCUAUGGAGUGCUUUUAUUUUAUUGUUUUCGUUCAGAAUUAUAUUUAUAAAAUAAUCAGAUGUUUUCAUUUCAGUCUUCUACAAUUAGUAAAUUAUUACCUGACUUGUAGCUUGUAUUUUCUAAACACAAAAGCAAUAUAAAAAAUUAUUUUCAAUUAAACUGUAGUUAAUAUUGUGAUGUAUGUGUUCCUAAGUAUAUCUUAAACGUACACUGUAUUGCUUUUUUGUGCCUUAAAAAAUUGUUACAAUAAGUUUCAGAAAACUGCAUUUCUAAACAGAGGCAUAUGUGAAGUACCAAGUUUGCAAUUAAGGUACUUCAUCUUAUUUAUUAAUAUGUGAUAGAUUGAAAUAAAAUACUUAUGCCUCAUUUA